CGGAAACAUGCUUACCGAACGUUACCGAAGAGGAGCGAAUGGUGGCCACAGGAAGGAUAUGAGCUUGGUUUUCCGACUUUCCAACCCUUCGAAGCGGUUCUAUCCGUCAGUUUCUGUCCAACCAGUGAGGUGUUUGUUUGUGACUUCCUCUGGAAACAGUUCGUGGUUUCGGAAUUUAGCAACGGAAGAAGCACCAGGCCUGUCAUCAAACCAGUAGUUGGUGUACAGUUCAUGAGGUGUUUGGGUGUUCAAUGUUUGGGUGGAAUACGAAUUGUUGUACGUGAAAAAAGAAAUAAUAAAAAAACUGCAAAUAAACAUAUAGGGAGUGCCUGGAAAAGUGGAACGAAGUAACCAGUAGCAACAGCAACGGAAAUAACGGCAGCACGAGACGUAGAAAAAAAAACAUAAAAGUGUAAUCAGUCGGUCAGGGUGAGGGUCAUAACGAGACGAAACACAACGAACGUCCUUGUUGUGUUUUCACUUGACUGGUUGGCUUUAUGCCGAGUCCUGAUGCUCCGAUCCGACGGAAUGUAAAGUUGGGGGAGCUUUCGAGUGUUUGUGUCAAGUGGAAAUAGAAUCAACGUCAGCGGUGUACGCGAAUGCUUUCGGUUGCUCAAGUUUAGUGCAGUCCGCUGUUCUGGCAGCAGGGGUGUAACGAUGGAACAUGAACGACUUGGUAGUAUGGCCUUAGUGAGCAAUUUUGUGCGUAAAACAUGCUGAAAUUUCCUGCGGAAGAAACGUGUUAUUUAUUUCGAGAAUCAACAUGGAAUGCUGGAUGGCAAGAAUAAAUUGAAUCUAUCGACUGACUGAAUCGUUAUUACUGGAGGCAAGAUUGAUUCCAGGACUUCAGGAAAAGGACACAAACCAAUCGAUGCUGAACAAGAAUCGUUCAUCAAGAAUCGAACGGCAACAGUGGAGAGGCAAAUUCAAUUUCAUGAUCACGGAGUUUUGCUUCGUCGCCAAGCCACUAGAACCACUGGACGCAGACCUAGGAUAUUGUGUCCUCCCCAAUAAAAAUAUAUUGAUGCGUAAAAUCUCACGGGGAGACGGGGAAAAUAUGACGCGUAGAUGAAGAGAGUAGAACCCAUCAAGCUGGAAGUUUAUUGCAGCCAGCAGCGAUACCAACACGAUUCCCCGAUAACCGACGGGGUAGAGCAUUGAACUGUGUGCCAUAAAAAACCUGGAACUGGGAAAAAGUUUCGCAGAAUAAAUUCUCGGCCCAUCGUUACCUCAGAAGAACGAAGGAUUAGCGAAGAGCAAGAAAAUCAGCUUAAAUGAAUUAUAGCGACCCUUAUUAAACACAUGUCCGUAGCAGCAGCUCUCUCUCGGUACGACAUCAUCAAAAACAUAAACCAGGCGGUGGGAGCAACGCCAAACAAAUAUAGAAGUGUAAACAAAUCUAAUCUAAAUUAGAGCGUGAGGAAGAAAAAAAACCCCAACGUGAAACAAGAAAGUGGUAAACAAAAGGCGGGAAAGAUAUUCUAUUUUAUUACGGUCUAGAAGUUGGCCGCUGCCGCUUUACCGGAACGUGAUGAAGGGCCGCCCGACCCAAAGUUUUGCAAAGUGUUAAAGGGGGGAUGUUACAUUCGGGCUACUGAUUGGACUCAACGAAAGGUGUGCACGGGGGAAAAUUGGGUUCACAUUAGGUGCGCACACACAGCCACACAACUACAAGAAGCAACGUUAUGGCGUCGGUGGAAAAUCAUAUCAGCUGCUUGACAGUCGUUCUUAUAGCCUAUUCAAUGUUUUUAAUUAAAUGCGCACACGGAAUUGAUUGCUUCAAAUGUGUGUCGAUGAACGGUGCGAACAAAGCGUGUGAUGACCCCUUCCAUAACAACUACUCGACAGCCAUCCUGGAAUCGCCCUGCAUGGGGGGCCGGAAGGGACGGGACGGACUGUUUCCGGCCACAUCCUGCAUCAAAAUUGCCGGUUACUAUGAUGACACCGGCGAAACAAUCACCGUCCGAGGUUGUGCCUUGGACAGCGGUACGCUGACCACAGAUACGGAAAUUAUUCGGAUGUCUCACUGUGGACGUUUCUUCUAUGACGACAGAUACGUCCACGGUUGCUUACAGAGCUGCAACGAUGCCGAUGCAUGUAAUCGAGGCUCUCGGCUGGCGGAAGGACUCCAUCGUAUUGCAUUUUACCUGGUGGUCACAAGCAUGGUGCUCGGAUACACUCUGUACAAUCAGCGGAGACUCGUGUCGUACCGGCAGAUCCUUAUGGCGGAUAGCUAACAAAGUAGGAAUUAGCAACUUUAUCAUCGGCUCCAGGCGAACAAUUUAUGAAAACAAUGAACCGUCGUAGUGUUUAGUUAGAAUCACAUGGCCACUUACGGUAAUGAUUUGCCAAUAGCAAAGCGCAUGAGUGUAGUGCACCGAAGCAUAGCCACUUUUUACAUGAGAUCUACUCCGCCUGUCCUCACAGCGUGCCCAUUAUUUGUACAUUAUAUCACACGCCGGCUUAAGCUUUAGUGUCCGAGAAACACCCGAGCAGGGGAAUGCAAAACUAUCGACCAAACUUUAUUACUAAACUAGUUAGAUAAUAAGUGAACUUUAUCAAACAAACUUUGAUGGAUUAACCAAAUGGAAAACAGAUGAAUUGAAAAUCAAAAUGUAAUAUACUAGUUCAUAUUUUGUAACAAAAAUCAAUUACUAUACGGAGCAGAAGCAAACACAAGAAGUAAAACAUGAUGUAAAUUAUCUACAGAAAAGUACAGAGCAACGGGUGAUCUAUUCCAAUAUAAAACAAAAUGACAGAGUAAUGCAUUUAAUCUGUUAACAUUUGGAAUAUUUAAAAUUAUCAGCUGUCUUCGACAUCAAUUGAAAUGAGAUACAGAUAUUGUUACGUUCAGCCAAACACUAUCAGAAUUAAUUUUUCAUAUCACUAAGGAUACGUUCCAUUGUUUUCCACAUAUUUCCAUCUUGAAUUCAAAUUCUGUUAGUUUUGCCUCGAUUUUAGUAAUAAAGCCGAAAACCGUUAUACAAAAAAAUUAUGUCGGAAGUUAUAGCCAUGUGUAUAAUUUGUGCAAAAAUUGUGGAAAAUUCGAAAAAAAUUACUAUAUAUUCUAUAGUAAAAAGAGGGGGUUUGGAAAAAAACGACUGCGCAUUUGUUGUCCAAUGGAAAGUUUGUCCAAUUGGAGUUCAUUUCUUCAAAUGGUUCAAUUUCUUCAAAUUCCGUUCUUGUGACAAAAAUAAUGGAUUUUCAGGUUUGCACAUAAAAAAUGAAUCGUCGUAUGUGUUUCUAAGCGCAAAACUCGUGAAAGGGGUGUCCGAUAUGAGCUGUCUUCAUUUUAUUGUGCUUGUCUCUAUCUGUAUAUAAAUUAUACGGUAAGAAAAACUGGAAAAUUUCGAUGGAAAAUGGGAAAUAUUGAAAAAAAAGCGUCAUAUGUUAUACAGUGACGUCGUAGAAAGCGUGGUUAGUCCAAUUCAAAUCCGAGUUGACGGAAUUGAUCUUCGUGUGCCGUGUGAAUCUUCGUGUUCCGUGUGAAUCUUUGCGGGAAGCAAAGAAGAUAAUGAAUUCUCAGGAACAACGCACUUUUAAAAUUAAAAAUUGUGAAUUAAAAUUUACGUUUCCGCAUCAAAUAUGUAUUCUAUGUCAUGGAGAAAUAUAUAUUUUCUGCAAUUGAUAAUAUUAAUCAAUGAAUAGUUCUGGGAUUGAAACUACGAACGUGCAUAGUGAGGAAACGCGAAUGUUCGGUAGUCUACAUACAGCCAUUCCAUGCCAAACCGAUAGAGUGGUUCUCAGAUUUCAGUUAAAAGCGGUAGUUUUGUUUUUUACCGUGAAAUACCAUAUACCAGGCCCCGGCCAAGAGGAUAUGAUCCGCGAGUCAAGAUGUGUUGGAAAUUUAGCUGUCAUUGCCAAACUAUCAAACUACUCGGUGAGCUCAAGGCAGAUCUAUGGAACAAGGUGCGCCCAUUCGCUAAUCAUAUUUAACUCGAAAUAAUCGUCAAAUUCGCGAAAAUUUAAAGAAGGCAGUUUCGCAAUCUUAAAAUUUGAAUGGAGAUUCUUAAGUUAUUCGAUUACCUAAAACACGACGCUCUCUCAACCGUUUGGCUAUAUAUUUCACAACACAUGACAUUUACAAAAAUUCGUCAUUAUAAUAUAAAAUCAUCAUCAGACAAAAUUCCAGUUCGGUAUUACGUAAUACUGUAUUGCAUAGAAUACAUAUUCGAAAAAGAAAAGUAAAUUUUCAUUCAUUAUUUUUUAAUUUAGAAGUGUGUUAAUGUCAUCCUGUACAUUAAUGGCUGUAGAGCGGUUUUCACAUUUUGUCUCACCAGUGGAGGCGAUCUGGCGUAGUGGUAACAUCCUUGCCUCUCACGCUAAAGGUCACGAGUUCAAUUCUCAUUCCCGACAUUCUUCCAAAAAUGGAAGUAAAAGUGACGAACCAGCCAAAGGAGUUGAAAAUCACUAUAAUACAGAUAAAAAAAAUUAAAAAAAAAAAUUUGUCUACCUGGCAGUAUGUUAAGCGCCUUGAUUUACACCAGCUUGAGAGUUUGGCAAUUCUCGCGAGUGACAGUGGUCGCAAAUUGCAUUUGCGACCCGGACAUGUUUAACGCUGUCAAAUGCUGUGUAUUACAGGGGUACGACUAAAACGUCAAAUCCCUCAUAUUGCCAGUGUACCCAAUAUUGCUGCGGUUUACUGACAUUUUGGUUCAAUCAAUUGCUGUUGUUUACAACUCGGUCCGGUUAUAUAGUCGAAUAGUGGCUAACUUUAAACUCCAUAUUAAAUGUGAACACCUCCAUGUGAAACCGAAAUAUGAAAAUCGCUCAUGCAGUUAGAAUAAAGCAGCGCAUUUUUCGAUUUCAAUCUUCGUAAAUGAUAUGUUGAUAAACAAAUGACGCCAUAUUGAUUUUGAUUUUGGGUAGCCUAUAUUCAAUUGAUGUCUAACCCCUGGUGUAUUAGUACAUAUAUAGAUGCCCUAACGGUGCCAUAUACCAAAAACCGUAUACCAAAAAACCAUCGAUCAACUUUGAAAAAUCAUAAAUCAAGAACAAAAACAAAGCAUCUUCGAUAUCGAGAUAUUUUAUGUAAAAAAUCCUCAGGUUUCAAGAAAAAAUAUAAACAAAUAUACACCCAAACUAGCGUUGGCAGAAAAGAUGUCAUUUCCUGUGCAUGAGAGUCAAAUGCGCAAAUAAUGAGCUAUUUUGAAAACUUAAAAAUGGUUUGCAUGUAUGCGUGCAGACAUCUAUUUCUGUUUUCUUUUCUCUUUUCAUUUGGGAUUGUGCAAAAAAAAAGUCCAUACGACGUCAAUGGGGAUCAAGAUCAAACCGAGGCCGGCUGGAAUGCAAAGUUACUUUACACGACCACGCUAUCCAUAUAGCUGCCAGCGCUAUUAUAAAGUAGCGUGAUAAUAUUACACCUCAUCAUAAAAUGAAGUUGGAAGGUGUUUUCUAAGACGAUAAAGAAUAACAUGAACUAGAAUAUAUCUUUCUCUGUCUGGGCCGUGUAUUUGGCAAACUAUACGAAAAGCUUUCAUAUGCUUUCAUUUAAAUGUGUCUCCUGUUACGCUCCCUCAUAUUGGCUCUAGCAUAUAUAUUAUACAAAUGAUAUACAUGUAUUGGGGAGUAGAACAUUAUAUGUUAUCUUUCAGCACAUUUAAUGUAAUAAAUCGGGAUGCCAGAACAUGUGCUAAAAAUUAACUUUGGGGACAGCGCCCUCUAGUCCAAAGCCAUGAAAACAAUAGAAAACGACAACAAUCAAUAUUUACAAAAUCCAUUUCUUUUGCAAGUUCAAUAUUUUUUAAUAGAAGGCUAGGCUUGGCUUCAAUUUGAUAUGUCGAUCAUCAAAUUCGGUGUAGUAGUACAAAAGUUAUGGAUUUUCGAAAAAAAGACAUUUUUGGAAAAGAGGGGAAAAGUUGAUUUUUUAGACCACCUUAAAAUGAAUAUUGUCACCCUAAUAAAAAAAAUAAAAAAAAUACUGGUGUAAGGUUUUGCGAUAACGAAAAAUAUUACCACUUUUCACGAAAAUCUAAGAACCACUAUAUCGGUUUGACAUAUAUACAGGCAUUCCAUGCCAAAUUGAUAUAGUGAUAAUUUUGUUCUUCAUCGCAAAACAUUAGACCCGUAUUAUUUUUAUUUUUUCGUUAGAGUGACCAUUUCCAUUUUAGGGUGGUUUGAUAAAUCAAUUAUUUCCAGUUUUUCCCAAAAAUGACUUUUUUUCUUAAUUCAUAACUCUUGAACCACUGAACCGUUUAGAUGAUCGACAUAUCAAAUUGAAGCCUAUAAGUUAGUUUUCUCUGGAAAAAUGAACUUUUGCAAAAAAAAAAUUGAUUUUUGUUUUUGUAAUUAUUGAUUGAGUUGGUUCUUCAUAGUUUUCUCGGUUAAAGAUAGAGGGCGCUAUAUUUUUUAUAUUUUUUUUCCUGGAAAGCUGUGGAUUUUUAUUGGAUAUCAGAGGUGUCAUUUUUUUGUUUUUGAGUUAUUAUUUUGCAAAUUUAUCAUGUCUUCGUUCAAAAUUUCUAUGUGGCUAGACUAGACAUGUGCGACUAGAAUACAAUCUUCCCGCAAGUGUGGCAUUUUUUCAAAGAAGGUUAGCUUAUUGGCUUCAAUUUUAUAUUCGAUCAUCUAAAUCGGUUCAGUAGUUCAAAUGUUAUGAGUUUUUGCGAAAAAUCUUACUAUAAAUAAAAUCGCUAAAAAAUAAAGCGCGGCCGUCGUGGACAGUCGUAAACGGUCGUAAAUGGUCGUAUUCUCGACGUAAACACAAACAGAGUGAGAAAGUGAGCAGCUGCGAUGUGUUUUUUUUUUGUGUGAGAGAGUGUGCGCGUUUGCAUGUGUUAUGUGUGUGAGACCGUGCGGGUCUGCGUGUGUGCGUGUGUUCGUUUGCGUAUGUUCGGUUGCGUGUGCAUGUGCGUGUUUGUGUGUUCGUGUGCGUAUUUGUGUGUUCGUGUGCGUGUAUGGGAGUGUGUGUUUUGGUUGAUUGAUAUAUACAAAAACAGUGUGAAAGAUGGAGCAGUCAGCAGAUACGAUGUGUUUUUUGUGUGUGAGACUGUGCGCGUUCGCGUGUGUGCAUGUGUUCGUUUGUGCGUGUAUGUGAUUGUGUGAACGUUUUUCUUUUUUUUAGAGUAGAGAAUAGAGAGUAGAGAGUAGAAAGUUGAGAGUAGAGAGUAGAAAGCAGAGAGUUGAGGAUAGAGAGAGUAGAGAGUAGAGAGAGUAGAGAGAGUAGAGAGUAGAUAGAGUAGAGAGAGUACAGAGUAGACAGUAGAGAUAGUAGAGAGUAAAGAGUAGAGAGAGUAGAGAGAGUACAGAGUAGAGUAGAGUGAGUAGAGUAGAGAGUAGAGAGUAGAGUGAGUAGAGAGUAGAGAGUAGAGAGUAGAGAGAGUACAGAGUAGAGAGUAGAGAAUGUAGAGAGUAGAGAGAGUAGGGAGAAUAGAGAGUGGAGAGAGUACAGAGUAGAGAGUAGAAAGUAGAGAGAGUACAGAGUUGAGAGUAGAGAGAGUAUAGAUUAGACAGUAGAGAUAAUAGAGAGUAGAGAGUAGAGAGUAAAGAGUAGAGAGAGAGUAGAGAGAGUAGAGAGAGUAGAGUGAGUAGAGAGUAGAGAGAGUAGAGUGAGUAGAGAGUAGAGAGAGUAGAGUGAGUAGAGAGUAGAGAGAGUAGAGAGAGUAGAGAGAGUAGAGAGAGUACAGAGUAGAGAAAGUAGAGAGUAGAGAGAGUAGGGAGAGUAGGUAGAGUAGAGAGAAUAGAGAGAGUACAGAGUAGAGAGAAUGGAGAGUAGAGAGAGUACAGAGUAGAGAGAGUACAAUGUAGAGAGAGUACAGAGUAGAGAGUAGAGAGAGUAGAGUUGAAUGUUAAAGUCAAAUUGAAAGAGCAACAAUUGAUCGCAGAGAAAGAGUAGAAGUUUUAGACAUAGAGACAAUUGGAAUAAAAAAGAAACAUUGAAUAAAAGAAAAGAAAAAAAGUUACGAGAGUCUGUUCGAGUGCAACAGCAAAGCUAUUCCAAUAACUUAUUGGGCCGCUAGUCAUUUUUGAUUAAAGGGGGAAUAAUGAACUAUCGAACCAUCGGUUAACUUUGAAAAAUCAUAUCUCAAAAACGAAAAAAUAACAUCUCUGAAAUCGAGAUAUGUUAUGCUAAAAAUCCUCAGCUUUCAAGAAAAAAUAUUUAAAAAAUAGCGCCCUCUAGUCCAACGCCAUGAAAACAAUAAAAAACGACUACAAACAAUAAUUACGAAAAUAAAAUCCAUUGAUUUUGCAAGUUCAAUAUUUCCUCAGAAAAGGCUAGCUCAUAGGCUUUAAUUCGAUAUGCCGAUCAUCUAAAUCGGUUUAGUGGUUCGAAAGUUAUGAAUUUUUGAAAAAAGGUAUUUUUGGUGAAAAGUGGAAAAAAUUGACACCCUAAAAAAAAAUUAAAAAAUACGAGAACCAGAUUUCCAUGAAAAGUGGUAGUGCUGUGCUUUAUCGCAAAACAUUUAGGGUGGUCCUCAACAUUAACUUUUUCUCCUUUUCCCAAACAUGCCUUUCUUCGAAAAUUCUUAUGAAGUACUGGACCAAUUCCGAUGAUCAACAUUUCAAGUUAAAGGCAAUGAAUCAGUCUUCUUUGAUAAUUUGCCGAAACAAUGUAUUUUGUUUUCAUAAUUAUUGAAUGUAUUUGUUUAUUACAGUUUACAUGGUCUCGGGACCAAGACGCUAUAUUUUUAUAUUUUUUCUUGAAAGCUGAAGUUUGUUUACAUAACAUAUCCUAAAAUCAGAGAGGCAUUAUUUUUUGUUCUUGAGGAAUGAUUUUUCAAAAUUAACUGAUGGUCUGAAAAAUUAUUUUUCCCCAUUUUUUCCACCACAAAAAUUCCUAAAUUUUUAACUACUGGACCAAGUUAAAUGCUCGACAUAUCAAAUUAAAGCCAAUUCUAUUCUUGUUUAACUUUAUUGUUAAACAAUUUGGUCGAGAACUAGAGGCAAAAUAAUUUUGAUAAAUUUCAGUGGUAUUUCAUCUAGCCCUAUUGCAUCUGAUUUCACUUCAUACAUCGCGUUGAUAACCUCAACUUCACUGAUUACAUUGAAGUGAAAAGAACUUCUUAGAGGUUGGGCUACCACUGAAGAAUCACUGACGAUGUUUGAAGAAAAAAAUAUUCGCAAAUGAUUGAUUGAUCUCAUCGGCAUCAAAGCAAUUGGAAACAUCAGUGGAUUUUUUGACAAUCCCAUGAUUUCUAAGCCUUUUUCAUAGUGCUUUGGGCGGCAGCUGAGGAUUUAUCCUUCCAUUGAAGUAUUGCUUUUGUAGAACGAAUCGUGGUAGUAACUCUAUUACGAAGUUGCUUAAACAAAUCAUGAUGUUCUUCUAAACGCGUAGCUUUCCAUUGAUUGAAUACCAAAUCACGGUCAAUCAUGGCUCUGCUAAUUGUAACAUUGAACCAAAGGUUCGUUUUUUUUUUGGGAACAUAUGUUUUGACAGGGACGUAUCGCUCGAAGGAAUAUUUAAUUCUUUCAUUGAAAAAAUCCGUCAGAGUGUCACAAUCAAUUAUACCAUAAAAACUAUCCCAAUUAAUAGCAGUACAUGCUUCUCUUAAGCCAUCAACAUCCAUGUGAUUGUAGUCACGAAAUCUAACGACACUCACAUUGUUUACUGUAUUGAAAUUCAACGAUGCAAAUACAAUGUCGUGAGUGGAAAAAACGGGAGCUUCAAUCUGGUUAAAUUUAAGAAUGCUAGAUACACUAUUUGUCAGCAUCAGAUCUAAUUGCGAACAACCGUUUCUGUAGAAAAAAGUUGGCUCGGAUCCUACAUUGAGCAUAUCGUAAGUCAUAAAAACGUAUUUAAGUCUUAAGCUUCUCUGGGGAUCUAGCAUGUUUGUGUUAUAAUCUCCGAGAAAAAAAAAAGAAAUUGUAGUAAGGGCCGAGAUUAGUAAGGAGUGAGCUUAUUUCGCUAGAGCAGAGUAAAUAUUCAGUUUUAAUUAUAUUACUCUCAGUCACGGUUUUUUUUAGUUCUUUGAAAUUAAUUCCAGUCUUUACGUACACUAAUACGCCUCCACCUAGCCGACCAAUUCUAUCGUUGCGGACUGCACUGUAACCAUCCAAAUUUAUAACAUCAUCAUCGACAGACUCAUUCAACCAGAACUCACUUAUACAUACAAUGUCGACACUUGAAGUGUUCACAAUUUGCUCCAAUUCAUCGAGUUUUACCAAACGACGAGCACACACGUUUUGGCAAUUGAUGGAGCACACAGACAACUUCCCCGUGACUAACGCAGAUUUCAUGACUAUCCCUGGAAUAAACAGGGUCGUGGACGUAUCAUUCCUUAUCAUGUCAUCCAUGAUCGCCGUUAUGAAUGUAGAGCAUUAGAAAGAGAUAUGUUUUGAGCAAUUCAUUGGCAGUAACCGCUACAAUGUCUAUUUCCAUAACUAUUCUAAAAAUCUCAAACACAAGAUGCAAAAAAACAUAGAAAUCUAAAUAAAAAUUGCCAAAAUUCACCAUCCAAUCUCAGGAAAAAUAUCAACGUUAGCAUUAUCAAUGAUAAGAACAACAGGCAGUCACCACAAUAACAGCAGCAUUAGGUACAUCAGAAUUCAUCUCCAUCAUCAUCCGGUACAUUAUGGUACAAUACUACAGUCGAUCUAAUUCGCUUUCCGAUGAUAUCCUUAUCUCACGAUCACCUAACUUCUGCCGAAUGUAAACAGUUCCAUCUCUUGUAUACACCGUCUGCAGUUUUCCAUCCUUUUUCAGUUGAAGCGCUUUCUUCCGAAUAUUCCUGGAUGCCUGAGUGAGAUUUUCAUUCACAUAAACUCGUUUGUUGACUGAGAACCCAAUGUCCGAUAACGAUAGUGAGCGAGACUGAAGAUACCGACAGAAGAACUCGUUUCGUUGCGUGUUGAAGGCGAAUUGCAGCAGAAUAACAUAUAUUGAACCAUCGCUCAAUCUCCCUUUGGAAAGGCGGCUGGUAUCUAGUAAAGGAAAACCUUUCUCUGUAUAUCCGAGCUUGCGACACCAUCCAUGCACAUUAGAGUGCCUAUGAAUGUAUGGGAAAAAAUCGACCCUAAAAUUUCAAAAAGUUACCCUAUACAAGAUGUUCACCACCUCGAAAAACCACCCUAUGCCAAAUUUCAGCUCAAUCGGACUUAAAGGAGAGUAGCGUAAAGCGGUCAAAAUUUGAGUUUUUUGAAAAUCGAAAAAUCAUCCAAGGGAGUAAAGGAAAUCGAGGUUUUCGAAAAAAAAUUUUUGAUGCCAAAUUUCCUAAAAUGUCAUGAAACGUAGAUAAGGCAUCUCGAAAAAAUUUUUUGUCAAACAUCGGCACUCUGGAGUUUAUGUUUUUUCGGAAUACGAAACGAAAAGUAUGGUAAAAAUAGUUAUCUCGAUUUUUCAUUCGGAAAUUGCUACGAAAUGUUGAUUUGCACGAUAAUAUACCCUAUGCAAAAUAUUAGUUCAUUGGGACUUCAUUUACUGGUGUCGCAUUCGAGAUAGCUGCAAAUCUCGGCGAGUGAUGCAAUUUUAAGACAUUUGACAUCAAUUUUUUUUUUUAAAACCUAGAUUUUCGGUUGUUUUUUGUUUUCUUUAAAAAAACUCGAAUUUUAACGUUUGUGACACCAGAGAAUGGAGUCCGAAUGAGCUAAUAUUUUACAUAGGAUAUAUUAUCGUGCAAAUAAACACUUCGUAGCAAGUUCCGAAUGAAAAAUCAAGAUAACUAUUUUUAUUGGCACCCAAAACCAUACUUUUCGUUUCAUAUUUCGAAAAAAAGUAAGUCCCAGUGUGCCGAUAUUUGACAAUUUUUUUUUCGAGAUGACACUAGAUCUUGACGUCUAUGCCGCUUUAAGACAUUUGGCAUCAAAAAAAAAAUCGAAAACCUCGAUUUCCUUUACUCCCCCCUUGGGUGAUCUUUCGAUUUAACAAAACUCAAACUUUGACCACUUUGCGCCACUCUCCCUUAAGUCCGAUUGAGCUGAAAUUUGGCAUAGGGUGUUUUUUCGAGGUGGUGAAUAUUUUUUAUGGGGUAACUUUUUGAAAUUCGAUAUGACCAUUUUCAUUGGCAUCCUAAUGCACAUAUUGCAGCAGAUUCUCCCCUUUGACGUAAGGCACACCACUGAUGAUGAGAUCGUUUCUUCUGGUCGUUCUCUCCAAAGCCUGUGAUGCCUCAACUUUGUUGUUUUGCACAGAUUCGGUCAACUCGCCCACGAUGUGUUUGAUUUCAUCUCUCAGUUUCUCGAUAUCAGCUGUGAGAUCCGAUUUUAAAUUCUGCAUCUGAGUGGUGAGUUUAUCUCCCAGUUUUUGAAUCUCAUUUUUCGUGCUACGCUGGUAUGCGUAGAACUGGGAUUUAAUCAAGUUCGCGACCCCAGAAACCGUCAUAUCUUUGUCUUCACUUUAUUUUGGAAGAGAAUUACUACGAAGGCGUUUCGCUCCCACUUCUCCGUCAGACAUUUCUUCGAUUGUAUAUUAACGGGCGGCAUUCAACCUUCUCUUGUUUCUCCGAUCUGCUCAAUAUAUGUAUUGAUGUAUUGUAGAAAAUCCACUCAAACAAAUGUUGAUUUUGAGCGAAAACACCGACCUGAUCACCGAGAUUAAUCCACAGCAAUAACGAUGCCACAACCACAAUCCAAUGGCGAUGUUUUGACGAUUUUUAGUGGUAAAUUACAACGGAAAUUUGUAACUUGCGAGACGACUGAACUACACUUGUAUCAUAUUUGUGUUGUACGUUAAUCGUGUGUCGGGACCAUACAUAGUUACAUAGUUUCGGGACCACAUAUUUACAUAGUUUCGGAACCAAGGGCACCAUAUUUUUUAUAUUUUUUGAAAAAUCAUUACUCAAGAACAAAAAAUAACGCCUCUCCGAAUCUUGGACAUGUUAUGUAACCUCAACUUUCAAAAAACAAUAUUAAAAUAUAAGACGCCCCUGGUCUCGAUUCCAUGUAACCGACGAAAAACAAACAAAAAACAAUUAAUAAUAAAAACAAAAUCCAUUUUUUACGCAUCUAUUUAUGUUUUCAGAAAAAAAAAACUAGCUAAUUGGCUUCAAGUUGAUCAACAUCGUCUAAAUCGAUAGUUCAAAAGUUACCCUCGUUGUAGUGUGUAUUUCGUUCUACGCAAUGGAUACUGCUCGUUUAAACUCUUCGAAUCACUCAUACUACUUGUAAGCUUCAUCUGCUAUUCGUACGAUCACUCCUCAUAAGUUCUUGAUAGGGUUUUGAACUGGUAAGCAAGCUGACCAGUCCAGCAUCUGAAACCCCUAUUCAAUAAAACAUGCCUUGACUUUCCGGAUGUUACGAAAUGGUGCCAAAUUGCCCAAAAACCGAGGUAAAUGAUUCUGAAGUUGCACUUCUGACUGUACAUUGGUGUUGAUGAAAAGCUAUCUGAACCAGGCCGUUUUGAAAAUAUUUUCCUCAAACUAUCAAACUGCCGCCUGCAAUGUUACGAUUCCACAUAUCAGUUAACGAUUUCCCUGCAUACUGAAAAUAUUUUGUUUCUAGUUCCGAUCCCGUGUUUUGAGUUUUUCAUCCAAGUGAGAUCCGUCAUGAUCAUGAGAAUGUAUUGAACCUGCUAAUUCCCGGGAAUGAGGAGGCAUCCGACGUUCGACUCGGUUGAAAGCACUGUGUCCUGGAGCAUUUGUAGCAACGAAUAUUGCAUCGAGAUUCAAUCGAUCGAUAUCUAUGAUCUUUUCAUGACGAUGUUAAUCGUCUGGCUUUAUUUUUCCUUGAUGCCGAAUAAUUUUGAUUUAGGACAACUCGCUCACCGAGCUUGUGAGAAAAUGCGUUCGAAAAACAGUGUCAUCUUGAACGAACUGUAACGUACAUUGGACCAGUGUUGCCACAUUUAAAUCUGUACCAAAGGGGUCAAAAAUCUUUCUCGUCUGUACUUUUUUUUCCAAAAAUCUGUACCAUCGAAUAUAUUCGUUGUAGAGAAAAAAAAAUUAUUAACAUGAAAAAAUAUUCAUUUAUUUACUACAAAUACUACAUUUAUAUUUGCAAGUCAUUCGUGUGUUUGAUGAUGCUUGUACAUAGUUUUUCUGAAUCUAGAUUACAUACUAUCAUUUAUUAAAAUUUUAGAGCUGCCGCCACGAUGUUUGACAAAAACAAUUUUUAUCCACCAACCGUGCACAUGCUCGUUUUCUGACAUUGUGAUUUCUUUACGGAGUAAUUUUAACUUUAGGGUACGGAAUUAAUUCUCCACAUCUUGUACAUUCCCAUUGUAGAAUCCUGGAAACGCUUCUAACACAACGUUAAUGCUGGUCAAAUUGGAAAAGUUUCUGGGAUUUAACAUUGCCGCAGACUUGAGCGUCGAAUCAUCAAAAUCGAAUCUAUUUCUCAUUUGUUUGAUCAGCUCCACGAAAAAACUGUGACAACUGCCUUUCGCUGUCCAUUGUUCUAAUAAUUUUUUCGACUGCUAUUCAAACCUAAAAUUCUUGUCGCUUUUCAAGUGAUCUUCAUAUUUAAUAGCAUUGGACAUUGAAACAAUGUAAUAUUCCUCGCAGAUAUAAGUGAGAAUGAUAAAAUAAAAAUCUUUCAGCUCUUCAUGUAGCAUCGUGAAUUCAGGUUUUUCAGCCUAGAACAAACGAUUCAAUAUGUUGAUCUGGGGAAAAACAUACGUCGCACCGUCGGACGCGAAUCCUUUCAGACGAUCCUUGUAAGUAAUUUCGUCCAUAUGAAACUGAUCAAUCAUUGCAUUGUAAAUUCUUUCAUGAUCAGCAGCACCAAGCGAUACUGCGGCGUAAAAUUCGUCAUGUACCUCAAUGUUGCUUUGUUCAAAUGUAAGAAAUUUCACGCUUGAAGAAAAUCUGUACCAAUCUGUACUUUUUGACGAAAAUCUGCAAAGUAGGAUGGAACAGAAGGAUACGCUCGAUUACAAAUUCAUUGCGCUUUUAUAGGCUUCCGCGGAAACUUUCACGAUUCUUGAUUCUACCCGUCGACUUUUUGUCUUUCUGCUCGGGGACACUCUUGAGCUCCGGAAUGUUGUUCUGCUGUAUGUUUCGCAAGGCGAGGUUUUCGUGUCAAGUGUGCUAUUUUUUCAAUUCGAAUAGAUAUCGAUUAAAAACUUCAAUGACCCUUUCAUAGACGAUUGAUCGAUUCAAUUGAAUCGAACAUGAUAAAUUUCAUCUCGGGAUGUUUCAUUUAGUUAGUAAGGGAAAAUUAUUUUCAUUUAGUAAGAGUCAUUGUUGCGAGUACAUAUGGCUCACACUGGAAGCACAAAUAAACUUUCAAAUAAAAUUGAAAAAAAAAAUGUAAAUAUGGGUGAGUUAUAUCUAUGAUAUAACCGCAAGGUUGACGUGGGACUACUGUUGGCUUAGUAAGCAUUCGUUUGUAUUGAUUAAAUUAUUGUUUGAAUAAAACAAUUUUCGAUUUCAAUUGAACCCAAAUCAUUUGCUUUGCAGAUACAGAGUUUUAACAAUUGCCAUGUACGAUCAAUUCAUGCAUUGUAAUAGAUUCUGUUCUUUGUUACAAGUAAAUUUGAUUACCUCCUUUUACGUUUGAUAUGAUGCCUAGAACUACCAAAAUAUGUAAACGGAAGAAUUGUCAACGUUCAUUGUAUUUUAUUUCUUUUUAUUUUUUGACAAAAACAAUUUUUAUCCACCAACCGUGCACAUGCUCGUUUUCUGACAUUGUGAUUUCUUUACGGAGUAAUUUUAACUUUAGGGUACGGAAUUAAUUCUCCACAUCUUGUACAUUCCCAUUGUAGAAUCCUGGAAACGCUUCUAACACAACGUUAAUGCUGGUCAAAUUGGAAAAGUUUCUGGGAUUUAACAUUGCCGCAGACUUGAGCGUCGAAUCAUCAAAAUCGAAUCUAUUUCUCAUUUGUUUGAUCAGCUCCACGAAAAAACUGUGACAACUGCCUUUCGCUGUCCAUUGUUCUAAUAAUUUUUUCGACUGCUAUUCAAACCUAAAAUUCUUGUCGCUUUUCAAGUGAUCUUCAUAUUUAAUAGCAUUGGACAUUGAAACAAUGUAAUAUUCCUCGCAGAUAUAAGUGAGAAUGAUAAAAUAAAAAUCUUUCAGCUCUUCAUGUAGCAUCGUGAAUUCAGGUUUUUCAGCCUAGAACAAACGAUUCAAUAUGUUGAUCUGGGGAAAAACAUACGUCGCACCGUCGGACGCGAAUCCUUUCAGACGAUCCUUGUAAGUAAUUUCGUCCAUAUGAAACUGAUCAAUCAUUGCAUUGUAAAUUCUUUCAUGAUCAGCAGCACCAAGCGAUACUGCGGCGUAAAAUUCGUCAUGUACCUCAAUGUUGCUUUGUUCAAAUGUAAGAAAUUUCACGCUUGAAGAAAAUCUGUACCAAUCUGUACUUUUUGACGAAAAUCUGCACUCUGUACCGUACAGAAUCUGAACCAAAAAUAACAAAAAAAUCUGUACCAUUCCAGAUAAAUCUGUACGUGUGAGUGAGAAUUUUGUCUUGUUGCAAUUUUAUGAAAAUUAAUUCCUUCCUCUCGUAUUACAAUAUACGAAUACACGAAUGUACCACCCUUUACUUCCUGAGUACACGGAAACUUCGAUAUAACGUACCCUCGUUAUAACGUACCCUCGAUAUAACGUCACUCGUCACUCGACAUUUUACCUCGAUAUAACGUACACAUUUCCAAAGUGUUAAGGAAAACAAAUUUCAAUAUUUUUUUCUUGAUAGAACAAUAAAUUAUCUGUAUUGUGAUGCUAAAACAAGUUUUGUACCUUCAAUCAAUCUCGAAAUACAGAUGGUUUUGUGAUUCCUGAUUCUCAAUGAAUCAAGCUUUAAUCAACAGUGUAUCAUGAGAAAGGCUGGCUUCGUCUUCUGAUUAAAGUUAUUCAUUAACUUUACUAAAACAGCAACCCAAUAAUGUAUUAUAGACUACGUUUGUAGGUACUUUAUUAUGCUUCGAUAUAACAUACAAUUCGAUACAACGUACAAUUUUGAAAGUGAAAUGUACGUUAUAUCUAAGUUUACCUGUAUAUUCUUACCAGGCGAGCCACAAGCAGAAAUAACUUAUUUUUAAGUGCUUAGAAAAGGAAUAAACGCAAAAGGAAAAAAACCACACAAAUAAGCAGCCUCCUGUUCUGAUGAAUUACGCGCGUUACAUCACAAAUAUUUGGAAAUCAUCUUUUCUCUGCGGCAACGAUGGAAGGAAAGGCGUUGUUCAACACCACCGCGUUCGAAGCCAACAAGCCAAACACGAAGGACGAGAGAACAAAGUCGUUACAAUUAAUAAUUCCCAAAUUAGUGUCAUUACAGUAUAACGACAAGAAACAGGCGAAAAGUAGGAUGGAACAGAAGGAUACGCUCGAUUACAAAUUCAUUGCGCUUUUAUAGGCUUCCGCGGAAACUUUCACGAUUCUUGAUUCUACCCGUCGACUUUUUGUCUUUCUGCUCGGGGACACUCUUGAGCUCCGGAAUGUUGUUCUGCUGUAUGUUUCGCAAGGCGAGGUUUUCGUGUCAAGUGUGCUAUUUUUUCAAUUCGAAUAGAUAUCGAUUAAAAACUUCAAUGACCCUUUCAUAGACGAUUGAUCGAUUCAAUUGAAUCGAACAUGAUAAAUUUCAUCUCGGGAUGUUUCAUUUAGUUAGUAAGGGAAAAUUAUUUUCAUUUAGUAAGAGUCAUUGUUGCGAGUACAUAUGGCUCACACUGGAAGCACAAAUAAACUUUCAAAUAAAAUUGAAAAAAAAAAAUGUAAAUAUGGGUGAGUUAUAUCUAUGAUAUAACCGCAAGGUUGACGUGGGACUACUGUUGGCUUAGUAAGCAUUCGUUUGUAUUGAUUAAAUUAUUGUUUGAAUAAAACAAUUUUCGAUUUCAAUUGAACCCAAAUCAUUUGCUUUGCAGAUACAGAGUUUUAACAAUUGCCAUGUACGAUCAAUUCAUGCAUUGUAAUAGAUUCUGUUCUUUGUUACAAGUAAAUUUGAUUACCUCCUUUUACGUUUGAUAUGAUGCCUAGAACUACCAAAAUAUGUAAACGGAAGAAUUGUCAACGUUCAUUGUAUUUUAUUUCUUUUUAUUUUUUUAUUUCAAGUUGUCCCCCCCCCUCCAAAAACUUCUACUGCCCUUUUGCACACAUACGAACUUUAAUGAAAAAAAAUGGGUGGGGUAUACCCAUGAUAUAGUAAAGCUGUGGGAGAGAUUUUCCCACAUCUCUUUCUCUCUGAAAAAGAAUUUUCAGUGAAGGCGAAAACACGAACAUUUCGAAAACUAGAUUGAUUGACUGAAUACUUAUCUCGCUGCUGAGUGCGAAUUUCGAUCUCUACUAUAAAAACUUUAAACUUUAAAAGCCAUUCACCUCUAGUAUCUGAAAUGACGAUUUUCCCAGGUUCCUCAGUUUAGAAGUACGUGUCGGGGAAACAUAUUCCGCUUUGCACAAAGACAAGCGAAUACAAAAGUGCUUGCAGCUUAGAUAUAUUUAGAAAGCGCAUCCCACGCAUCUUCGUUUAGAAAUUCAUAUCACACAAUCACACAUUUCGGUGGGAACAAAAAUACUCCAGACUUGAAUGUAUUUGCAAUGCCGAUUUCCCCAGGCACCUUGGUUUUGAAGACAGUGGUAGGGAAACACAUUUCGGUGAGAACAAAAAUUCUUCCGACUUGCAUGUAUUUUAAGAACGGAUUCCCCCAGCCACAUUGAUUUAGAAAUCCGUGUUAGGGGAAUACAUUUCGGUGGGUCUAAAUCGGGCCAAUCAAAACGUGGCAGUUAGGGCGUUUAGAUAACGCUUGAUAUUUCACAGUUAUUCAAUCGUUUAUCCCAUGAAAAAUAACAUUUUAUUCAUUGUGACAGAUGGGUAGAAAUAUUUCCUAUCAAUUGAUGCAAACAUUUUUCCGAUCUAUUAAGAAAUGUUCGAGUUAUAAGCAUUCGAAAUCUUUCAUUUCUUCCUGCAUGUUCUGUAUUUAGAUUUCCAUUUCAUCCCCAUAUACUCCGGUUAGACGUAGUCCCACAUCGAAAAAAAAGGAUUUUUUAAAUUUCUACUUGGAAUAUUUCACACAUGGUGGGAAUCACACCAAAUGCACAUCGGAAACGUGCAACUUUAGCAUCAAUUAAUUCCCACGCAGACGUCCUGAAAUUUCACGUCUCAAAAUAUUUCGAUUCAAGGCGGUUCACGAUUAUCCCUUUUAAUCCACGAUCCUUGCAGGAUCGUCAAAAAGUAUGCCCAUGAGCGCCCGCGGGAUAAUCGGAGACCACCAGAAGCCGAACGGUGACCGCCAUUGUUCUUGGACUUUGUAUCGAGUGAAACCCCUUUCCUGUACUUGCUUGUUUAUGUUUAGAGGCUUUAAAAUUAAAAAUACAUUCACUACUAGCCUCUAGACUAUUCUCUGCUUGCUAGUUGAAACGAGACUAUGUAAUUGAAAUCGAAACGGGCUGAGCUUAAAUUGCAAUAUUUCUUCUCUCCACAGCGUCCCGAGAUCCAACGUUGCAUUUCCAUUUCUAGCGAGCGAUUUACGCACCUUCUUUCUAUCUAGCUGCUACAUUAGUUGCCAUUAGUUGUUAUUGAUAGCACGGAUAUACGAGCACAGGAAUGCCAUGGACAAAUGUAUGGGAAAAUUGGAAUUCUUCUGAUUUUCAUUAAUUUAAGUAAUUUACGGAUUAACAUAUAGCAUAUCAAAUAAAUUUUAAAGAAUGUCCAAUCCGAUGGAAUGCAAAUUAUCAAAGUCAGUUCGCAGCAACGUAGCUAUUAACUUUUAACUAAACUAUUUCAUAAAAACCAGACAUGCUUUCUGAUUUGGCCCAUUUGACGCUUACUGAGAGACGUAGCCCUACGUCAUAAAAGGUAUUUCUCUAUGGAGGCGAUUGAAGUUUUAAGUUAAUUUUUCGGUUGUUACUUUUUACCCUCUUUACAUGAAAUCUUGGAUUCCAACAACAGCUGCCGCGGCGUAUUGAAAAACAUUCGAUUUUCACGAUUUUGUGUUUUUUUAAUUCGUUUCGUCGAGUCCAGGUUACCGCAGUGAGUACUGAUUGCUGGCCCGUCUCAUUAACAAAUAAUGAAUCAGGUGACUCUUAAACUCUGAAUGAAAACAGGUAGAAUAACUUGUGGUAGAUGCAACUGUCACAAAAGAGUUAUUAUUCGUCAACAAAAUUGAAUUUCUUAUGAAAAUCGGGACAAAAGCUAGAAUAUGAAAAAUAAAUCAGGACGCCUCAAAAGGAUCUCAAAAUCAGGACAUGUCCUGCUGAAUCAGGACGGACGGUAUUCCUAUCUUCACUGCAUUUACAAAACAUUAUUCUGUCUUUAAUUGUUAUUUGUUACUUCCAUCAAAUGGAAGUUGCAACUCUGUGUUUGAAUGCUGUAACUUACGUAAUUCGCUGUAAAAUUAAUUCGUCAUAUCAUACUAACAUUAGAUAUAUUACGUAGCUUUUUACCAAGCACAAUUGAAUGCAGUUCCCAUUACGAACGCGACUAAUUUUAAAGUCGCAGCCAUUUUGUACUGCUUCAGAUCCCCCUGCUGGACGGGAAAGAAUGAACUGCCGAUGCAGUAGCGAAGGUUUCAAAACAAUUUGACCGACGUUCGUUAAUUGAAAGUUGUCAUUUUAGCCAAAACAAACGAAAACAAGAGAUAAAUAAUUUUGGUAAAAUCACUAGACUGUAGUUACUACCUUAUCACCAUAGUAGAUAUAUGUAAAUCACAUUGUGGAUAACUCUAGCACUAAACUAUAGAUAAAUAUUAAUAGAUGUAUAAAAAUUCAAACCCCGGAAAUCUCUAAGUAUGUUGUUGUAGUAUUAGAAAAAGGCGAAAAAUUAGUGUACUAAGUGCCUAAAAUUUAAUUGUUAACUUUUUUGUUCUGUUUUCAUUGCUCUAAAUUCGACCACGUUUGUUUAUAGAUAUUAGCCCUAUGUUCAGUCUUACAAACUUUUCCAGAAUCAACUGAAAGCAGAAGUAACAUAACAUAGAUUAUCGCAACCAAAAUGCAACUGUACAUAUUACAACCAAAAACAUAUACUUAAUUGUGAUAUCAAAACAAAGCAAGAUAAGCAACAAUAUUAUUAUUGAUAUGGCGGAUGAAUAUGAUAAAACUAAACCAGACUAACAAACAAACGUUGCACCGCUGAGUUUUAUAGAACCAAACCAAACGCAAAGAGCUAUUUGUAUAAAAUUUGAACCGAACACUCGUUUAUAAAACAUUUGCCACAGCUAUGGUGACAAAGCGAUGAGAUAUUCAGCCGAGGCUGAGCUAGAAUAGCAUUGAGACACAUAUUUAUAUAUAUAUACCAGUUCCGAAGCUGUAAAACACACAACUGUAACUAACGAUGAUUACACGUGACAAUUAUUACAAUAAUAAAGAGUCAAACUUGUUUGCAUAAUAA